AACUCAAAAUCUCAAACGUGACCCUCUCAAUUUCGAGUAUUUUUCUUCACGUACUAGUUCAAUAUUAUAUAGUGUGAAUCUCACAAAACCACAAUAUAUUGUGAGAUCAGAUCGAGAACGGUUCCUGACACUUUUUUCUAUGCUUCUUUAAUUGUCGUGGGUCUAUAUAAUAACUCUUCUAGUCGCUUUGUCACAUUAUGCUUCUUUAGUACUUAUAAGCAACAUGUUAAAUAGUUCGUAGUGGUCAACUAAUCAACUCCAACUAUCAGGGAUCUUUAUUAUCUAGCUGGACAAGUUUUGCAUAUCAUUGGUAUAUUGUCAACUACAUAUGAGACUUUUGGACAUAACUAUUCAAGUAUAUAUUUUUAUUUUGACGUCUACAUUGAAUUGAGAAUAAACGGAAUUGAUCAAGUACACAUAUUGAUAUAUAGACUCCGAAUGUUUUUUUCUACAUUAUAUGUUUUUGUUAUUAUUAAUACCGCACCGCAAUUGUUAUACACUUAUCUCGUAUGUUGUCAUUCGGAACCAUACAUCUUACAUAACUUUUUAGAUACUAUUAUUGAGCGACUUGCAUCUACUACAAUUCUACAAAUAUAAUACUAACAUAUGGAUUACAGAAGUUAAUGGGAGAGCUAAAGAUGAUUUAAAACUACAUUAUCUACCACUUGCCAUAACUUUUGUAGUAGUAUAUUAAAUUAACAUGACAGUCACUACUACUUAAAAAAAAAAGAGAUGGGCCCAUGCCUACGAAUGAUACAUGCUUAAAAAAAGGACACGUCAAAAAAGUAGCCGACAAAUAUAAGUUUGGCCUCGUCCUCGGACCAAUCACAAGACUUGUUGUCCCCCCCCUCGCGUUUCCCUGUAAACUUCCUCUCUCUCUCUCUCUAAAUUUUCUCUGUUGCUUUGUGUUCUUUCUUGGAGAGUUAUUGAUGAUGGAAUCGAACUUAUAUGGGAUGGUCAACGGUUACGAGUACUAUGACGUGAGUUACUUACCAAACCAAACUCCUAAUCUGGGAUUCGGCGUUCCUUCCUCCAGCGACUUCGAUCUCCGCUUGGAUCGUAUUCAAAUUCAACCUUCUAUUUGGGUUCCAUCAACACAACAACAUCAAGAUCAAGACUCUCCUCCAGGUGCUGAUGAGAUCGAUUCAGAAAACACUCUUUUGAAAUACGUAAACCAGCUCCUCAUGGAAGAAGAAACUCUUGCCGAGAACCAGACUUUGUCUUACGACUCUUUGGCUCUACGCCAAACCGAAGAGAUGUUGCAGCAAGUCAUCACCGACUCACAAACUCAAUCUCCUUAUAUUAGCACUAGUAGUAGUAAUAGCAGUGGUAGUGGUGGUGAGUAUUUGAACAGUUAUAGCGAUUCUUGUGCCCGGUUCAAGACAAGAACUAACUCUACUGAGGUUGUGUCGUUUCAAGGAUCAUACAUGUUGCGACAACCAGCGAAUAAGAUUAUGUUUAGUGAUGCAGAUUCAGUUAACCAGUUCAAGAGAGGUGUUGAGGAAGCUAGCAAGUUUCUUCCUAACACCGAUCAAUGGAUCUUCAACCAAGAUGAAAAAGUUUAUACCUCGAGAGUUAGGAAGCAUCAUCACCAGCGCGGCGAAGAAGAAGAACAUGAGGAAGCUAGGAUGAGUAAGCAAUCUGCAUCGAAUGUAGAUGAUGGUAAACUAACAGAGAUGUUUGAUAAGGUUUUGCUUCUUGAUAACCAAUUGGAUCCACAGAUUAAUGAUAACGUAUCAAGCAAGGCACCAGCUAGUAAGAAAGAAAGAGUCCAAGCAGUUGAUUUCCGCACACUUCUUAUUCUAUGCGCACAAUCCAUUUCAUCAGGAGAUAUGAUCACGUCUGUUGAUUUGCUGAGGCAGAUAAGGAACCAGUCUUCGCCUCUCGGCGAUGCCUCUCAGAGACUAGCUCAUUUCUUCGCCAAUGCCCUCGAGGCGCGUCUCCAAGGAAGCAGCGGGGGUGUGAUACAAAGUUACUACGAUGCCGUGACCUCCAAGAAACGAACAGCUGCGCAGAUUCUCAAGUCUUACAAAACCUUCUUGUCCGCUUCUCCCUUCAUGACUUUGAUGUAUCUCUACUCCAACAAGAUGAUUCUUGACGUUGCGAAAGACGCUUCGGUGCUUCAUGUAAUAGACUUUGGGAUCCUCUACGGUUUCCAGUGGCCUAUGUUUAUACAGAGGAUAUCUGAGAGCAAGAACGGGCCGAGGAAGCUGAGGAUAACUGGUGUUGAGCUUCCUCAAAACGGGUUUCGACCGACGGAGAAACUAGAGGAUACUGGUCGGAGACUGAGAGAGUAUUGUAAAAGGUUUGGUGUUCCGUUUGAAUACAAUGCGAUAGCGUCUAAGAACUGGGAGACAAUCCGGUUGGAGGAGUUCAAGAUCCGACCUAACGAGGUUCUAGCGGUUAACGCGGUGCUACGGUUCAAGAACCUGAGAGAUGUGACUCCAGGGGAAGAGGAUUGUCCUAGAGAGGGGUUCUUGAAACUGAUCAGAGACAUGAAACCCGACGUUGUCCUCAACUCCACGGUUAACGGAUCUUUCAACGCUUCCUUCUUCACCACGCGGUUCAAAGAAGCCUUGUUUCAUUACACAGCGGUUUUCGACAUGUUUGGUUCGACACUGUCCAGGGAGAACCCGGAGAGGAUGCAUUUCGAAGAGGUGUUUUACGGGAGGGAAGUGAUGAAUGUGAUUGCGUGUGAAGGGGUGGAUAGAGUGGAGAGACCGGAGACUUACAAGCAGUGGCAAGUGAGGAUGAUGAGGGCAGGGUUUAAGCAGAAGCCUGUGGAGACAGAGCUUGUGGAGUCGUUUAGGGAGAAGAUGAAGAGGUGGGGUUACCAUAAAGACUUUGUGCUUGAUGAAGAUAGCAACUGGUUCUUGCAAGGUUGGAAAGGUCGCAUCCUUUAUUCUUCUUCUUGUUGGGUCCUUUCUUAACUUGUGUUACAAUCAAAUAUAUUUCAACUAGAUUUUGCAAUAUCUUGAAAUUAACUGCUUACAUGUAUUUGAAAAUAUUCAUUGUGUUAGAAGAAAAAAAUGGUAUAUGGUGAAAGAAGAGGAUAUAGAUCAUGAAGAAAUGUGAACUCUAGGUUAAUUCCUUUUCUUGUGUUGCAAAUUUUAGAUCAUUGAUGUGUUUAUCUGAAUAAUUCGCACAAAGAGUUUCCUUACAAGCUAGUAUUCAAUUUUAUAUCAUCAAAACUUGUUUGAA